AACCCCCCGGGCUCUGCAUGGAUGGGAAUGGGGAAAGCUCCUGGCAGUGAGGGCCCAGGGCAGCUGCAGAACCUCAGCUUCUUCCUCAGAGCUCUCCUCCUCCUCCUCCUCCUCCUCCUCCUCUUCUGCAGGAAUGUCUCCUCCCAGUGCAAGAUCCUGCGUUGCAACUCGGAGUACGUGGCAGCCACCCUCAACCUCCGCGGCUCCCACCGCGACGCCGCCUUCUGCGACGCCCUCCGCUCCUACUCCCACUGCACCCGCAAGACGGCGCGGACGUGUCGGGGUGACCUGGCCUACCACUCUGCUGUCCACGGCAUCGAGGACCUCAUGAUCCAAAACAACUGUUCCAAAGAAGGCCCCACCUCACCUCCACGCCCCCGGCCUCCCGCCCCCAACCACCAAGGCUUGGAGUCGCUUGAGAUCUGCAACUACGAGAAGAGUUUCCUCUACAAGCACGGCCAACCCCCCAGCUACCAGCACUGUGCUGCUUUUGGGGACCCCCACAUCAGGACGUUCCACCACGACUUCCACACCUGUCGGGUGGAGGGUUCUUGGCCUCUCCUGGACAAUGAUUUCUUGUUCGUGCAAGCCACCAGCUCGCCGGUGGCCAAAGGCUCCAACGCGACGGUCACCAGUAAGCUGACCAUCAUCUUCAAGAACAUGAAGGAAUGCAUCGACCAGAAGGUUUACCAAGCAGAACUGGACAACCUCCCAGCAGCCUUUGAGGACGGGUCGGUGAACGGGGGGGAACGUCCCGGGGGGAGCAGUUUGGCCAUCCUGGAGCUCAGCCCCGGGCGCCACGUGGAGAUCCGGGCGGAAUACAUCGGCACCACCAUCGCCGUGCGGCAGGCCGGCCGCCAGCUCUCCUUCUCCAUCCGAGCUGCCGAGGAGGUGGCCAAGGCCUUCACGGAGGAGCAGGACCUCCAGCUCUGUGUCGGGGGGUGUCCCCAAAGCCAACGCAUCUCCCGCAGCCAAGGGUGCGGCGGGCGCCUGGCGGCCGAGACGGCGCGGGCGCUCUGCAAGGAGAUGUUGCCCGUGGAGGACGUUUACUUCCAGUCUUGUGUCUUCGACCUGGUGACCUCCGGGGAUGCCAACUUCACCAUGGCGGCCCACGGGGCUCUGGAAGAUGCCAAGGUUUUCCUUCCCAACGUGGAGAAACUCCACAUCUUCCAGGCUGGGGCGGGAUGCCCACGCGUGGCCUCUUCCUUCCUCCUCCUCCUCCUCCUCCUCCUCACCUCUGCUCUUUGGGUUGGUUUGUAGGAGAUCCAGAAAACAAUGGGUUCAUCUCCAGGUUUUCAGCAGUCCCCACGCACACACACACACACAAAAAAAGGUUUUUUGGUGGAUCUGGGGCCUCUUGACCCGAAGCAACACAGGAAUGAAGCCACCGAGGAGUCAGUUACCAGUGCUGUGAGCAAGGCCUGAGAUUCUGGAGCCAGAAAUCCACCAUCUUGUCCCUUCCCCUCCUCUCUCUGGGUCGGGGCUGUGAAUAUUCCCAGCGUGGGGAGCUCUGGAGCCUCAGGGAGACGGUUGCUAUUUUUCCUUUGUUGUCUUGGCACCUGUCUAGGACUCAAUAUAGCCCAGCAGGGACUUGGGCUCAGCGUUGAGUUUCAGGGAAGAAAAAUACCCCCUCUGGCUUGGUCACCAUCCCAACCUUGCUCAAACCCGACUCAGCUUCUGGAUUUUCACUCACAAAAGAGAAUUCAUCACGAGGAGGAGGAGGAGGAGGAGUUGGCAAAAAGCCAGCGGGGCUGUAAGGUGUCAAUGAACUCAGCCACAAAGCCAAAGGAGAUGGCUGAUGCAUCCCAGGAGAGAGCAGGCAGAGUUCCAGGAGAUAAGAAAUAUCUUCUGGAGGCAAAGUUUUCCUUUAUUUUGUUGUUGUUUUAAGAAGUGAAAAGAGAAAACCUUUGCCAUUCCCACCCCGUGGAGCUGCAAGAGCUUUGUGAAGCUUCAUGGAGGCAAAGAAUUCAGUGGGGAAAAGAGCAUUGCAGCUCAGAGGACCCCUGGAACCCUGAGGGGAGGUUUUACAACACAACUUUUGAGGUCUCUGCACUUUCUUUGGUCAGUUUUGGGGUUUUUUUUCCCCCCUGGCCCCUCUGCAGAAGGCACCAAGAGGAAAGCCCAAAGCGUUUCCUCCUCCCGUGUUCCCUGCCCACUGCUCCUCCAUCCCUGGAGGUUCUGCUAUUAAAGCUCUCUAUUUUUGAAGUCCUCA